AUGGCCGAACUAGAGGCGCCGCCUCUGUGGUUGGAUUUGAGACGUAUGCUUCGUCCAGAAUCAAAGCAGUUUUCUGCAUCAUUACCUUUAGGGCAUUUUAGGUAUCAACCAGGUCAGGUUAGAGCCUUUGGAAUGAUAGCUGGUGGAUCUGGCAUCACUCCGAUGUUUCAGGUUACUAGAGCUGGUCUUGAAAACCCUUCAGACAAGACAAAGGUGCAUCUCAUCUAUGCUAAUGUCACAUCUGAUGACAUCCUUCUUAAGGCAAAACUGGAGGGACUUACUUCUAAUUACCCUGAUCGCUUCAAAGUUUACUAUGUAUUGAAUCAGCCACCGGAGGGAUGGAAAGGUGGCGUUGGGUUUGUAUCAAAAGAAAUGAUCCAAGACCAUUUACCUGCACCUUCAUUUGAUAUCAAGAAUUUGAGAUUUGAGAUUCUGUUUGUUGUAUUUGGGAUUUUGUUAGCCAGGGUUGUGUUGAAUAAAGUUUAG